CUGUGUUGCUACGCUUAGCCUCUGUGUUGCUACGCUUAGCCUCUGUGUUGCUACAUGUAGUGACAGUUCCAGUCAGCAGAACCUUGUUACUCAGUUCGUCCGUUCUCAAUGAGUCCUUUUAAACGCUGAUGGUCUGCAUCAACAUGGAUUCAGGUGGAGGAACUGUUCCUGCUCUCCAGGUGGUGAGGGUUAGGGUGGGUUUAGGUGAGCGAUGGCUGGCGGUCAGAGCAGUUUGCUUCCUCUCUGUCUCAUACGGUCGAUCCCCACAGCAGCCAUUUUGUUUAUGUAUCUUUCUCUGCAUUUCCUACCAAGAUGGCGCGGAUCACUUCUGGCGUGUUUCAUGUUAUUUUAGGUGUUUAUAUUUGUCCUCAUGCCAGCUUGGUGCUCUGGGGUCCCCCUGGUGGUGUGAGCUUGAUCUGACGGUUUGGUUCUGGUUCCAGAUGGAGAACUACAGCCGGGCCCGGGUCGUAGAGCAGCCGUGCGUCUCUCCAUUCGCCGGGCUUCCCGCCGACACGCCGGAGGUCCGGGUUAGAGACGGCAGCAAGAUCCGGAACCUGCUGCGCUUCGCUCUGAGCCGGCUGGAGGUCGGGCCGGGCCGGGCCCAGGAGGAGGGGGAGGAGCCCGGUCCCAGCCCCGGUCCGGCCUGCAGUCAGCUGCUGUUCAGCGCCAGCGGCCGGGCCGUUUCCAAGGCGAUCACCUGCGCGGAGGUGGUGAAGCGGCGCCUGAAGGGGCUGCACCAGCUGACCCGGCUGGCCCAGUCCACGGUUCUGGAGGUGUGGGAGCCGCUGGAGGACGUCGCCGGCUUGGACAGUCUAACCGUCAGCAGGAAACUGCCGGCCGUCUGGAUCCUGCUGUCCCGGGAGCCGCUGGACCCGGAGCAGCCCGGCUACCAGGCGCCGGGUCGCUAUGACGCCCUGUGGGCCCCGGAGGGUGCCGGCGGGCCGGGGCCCCGCGCUGGGGCCCGCAGGAGGAGAGGAGGAGGAGGAGGAGGAAGAGGGAGGGGCUCCGGCAGACACACCGGCCGCUCCAGAGAGCCUGGCAAAGGACAGUAGAGGUUUCCAUAGCAACUUGACAGGAAGUGACUCCAUGUUUAAGUUCACGUCCAGUUUGAUGUUUUGAUUUAAUAACGUUCAGCAGGAGAAAGUAUUCACACCCUGCUGACUUCAAACCAUCCUGGUUUUUACUGGGGAACUUUGUGACAAGCUGAAGCUAAAAAGUGUGGCCUGCUUCUCCAUUUUUUUUAUUUAUUUCAAGUCCAGUUUGAUAUUUUUUGUUCCAUCAUGAUUUAAUCAAGAUUUACUGAAACUGCCUCCAUCUGUGAAAAAGUAUUCACACCCUUUAACAUUAAACUGUGGAAAAAAAAAAA